AUGAUGUCGUUUAGAUCGCGUGUCGGACCACCUUCGACGCCUAUGUUAACCCUUGAGCAGAAUUUACAACGGCAUUUAUUACAGUUACAACAGCAGCAACUUGCAGCUUCAGGUACUGCCAUCCAUUUACUGCCGUCAUCACCAUUACACGGUACAACUUUAAUGACGCAAAUGCAUGCUGCAUUAGCAGCUGUUGGAGUACUGCCACAACCUCCGCAGCCCCUGCCGACUCAUACAACUGCUCAACCCACACAUCAACGUGUGACACCAGCUGCCGUAACUCAGUCAAUGCCAUCGUUAAGUGCCGAAACGAGUUCACGUCCAUCACGGGUUGAAUUCAUACAACCUCAGCCAUUUCUUUCGCGCGCUGCUGUAGCAACUGCGCGUCAAGCUUUAUUACUUGCUUCAACUUCUCAUGCUGCUCUUGCUGCUGCAACUGUCACCACUAUCCCUGCACCAUCUCCAUCUGCAUUGCAACUCUCUACAUCACAGCCGUAUUCUCAAGCUCUUGGUCGUGUUGUAAUGAUGCCACCACCUCCAUUGCCUCGUGUUCGUCAUAUCUUAACUCAGGAACGCCGCAGAUAUGCUCCUUAUCAACGUCCCGCGCCCGCUAUUCCGAUGGCUAGUGUCCCAUCAGUUGCUGCUCCUGUUGCUUCUUCUGGUGCUCCAGAAUCAUCUUCUUUCCAAAUGGGAACAUUGCCGUCACAACCGUAUUAUCCUUCUCACUUUAUGCAUGGUACAGUAAUACGUCUACAGUCGGGUCAGUUGAAAAGGGUUGAAGAAAUGAGCACAGAAGAUUUUGUUCUGUCUGCAGCAAUGAAAACGGAUCUCGUUAUCUGCAACAGCAGAAUCAUCCGAAUUCAGGAAAUUGAAAAAAAUCGUCUGGUUCUCGUUACUUUUGCUGUUGGCGAGCAAAGAAUUCUGGUAACAAUAGAGGCAGGAAUCGAGCAUCCCUACUUUGUGGUUGAUCAAGGUUGGGCAUCUUGUAGCCCAGAAAGAACGCGUGCCACAUAUGGAUUGAUUUGCAGACAGCUAAAUGUUGGUGAUGUCUGUAUAGCGUUGCGUCAUGUUGAAAGUGGUGAAACGAGCGGAAUAAGUGGUAGAGGUACGAUUCGUCCUCAUAGUGCCGCCAGAGGAGGAUCAGUUGCAAGUACAUCUGGCAUACAGCAAUUUAUGCGACCAACACCAUUAAUACAAGCACCUCGUCGACAUCUAACAUCCAUUAUUCGUGCUGAAAGAAGGUCUGGUGUUCGAUCAGCGCCGCCGCAUGAAAUACCAUCCGAGGAGUUAGCACUGCUUGACAUACGUCGACGUUUAAGGAGACGUAGGCAUAAAUCAGUGCUGUGA